AUAGCAUGUGACAGUGGCUGUCAAAGUGUGUCCGAAAACAAGAGCUCAAAUGUAAACAAAGCAUUCGCAGAGCGGAAAGAAAUCAACACUUUUGCGUAAAAUUAUUGCAAAAUGAAGCCUGUGCUUCUAUCUUUAGCUUUCCUGCUAGUCGUCAACAGUGCGGUAGCGUUCCGUUUCAAGGGCUUGGAGUUUUACAUGCAGCUGUGGAACGGUGAAUUUCUCGAGUCGAACUCCUUCGGUGGGGACAACGUUGCGAAAGUGGCCGAGAAAGCGGAGGCCGUCGUCGAAAAAAAAGCGCCCGUGGUCUUUGUCUAUAAAAGCGGCCUGUACGAUUACCUCACCUACUGGGACAAGGGGAUGUGCUCGCUGGAUCAAGGGAACGACCAGGACGAUUCGGACGGUGGUCGCAAAUCGCCGCUGCGCGUGAACUGUACGCCGCUGGAGGGCAACGGAACGCUGUACAUCAUCACCUCGCUGCAGGAUAUAGUGAAAGGGUUGUCACCGCACGCUGCCGCCACCAACGCGACCAACCGGAACGAGGUGAACAACUGCUUCCUGAUGCUGUUCUACACCAAAACCUGCAUCCACAGUGCGAUGGUGGCGCCCCAUUUUAACGCGCUCGCCCGCCACUUUCCCGACCUGAUGGUGACCGCGAUCGAUGCGCACAAUUUCCACUUUCUCAACGCGGAGUUCGGCAUUGUCGGGCUGCCGACGAUCAUGCUGUUCCACCAGGGCCGACCGCUGGUGCGGUACAACGGGACGGAAAUGACGCUACUGUCGCUGGCCAAGUUCGUGACGCGCCACACGGGCAUCGAGCCGCGGCUGGUGAAUCAGAAGAGCGGCACGGCGACGGUGCUGCACUACAUAUCGGACGAUUUUAAGGGCCCGCUGUCGAACAAGGUGGAGCACCGGACGGACUACUGGCUGUAUGUGGCGUGGGCAUUCAUUCUCGUCUGCCUGAGCUACUACUUCUCCAAGUCCACCCUAUACGCGCAGAUCGUGGAGAUGAUCAAACGAAACUGGCGAGAAUCGGCGGCCCAGCACGGUUAGAAAGUGGUCGGAAUGGGGGGGGGGGUGCUUUCAGUGGGAUUAGUGAGUGAUUGUUUUAGCUAUUCAGCUGUGUAUGCUAGUUUAAUUCUAAAUUUAAUAAAGUAGAGAUUUACCAAUUCAAAAGUCGUUCGUUACUGGGUCAUAACGGUUUAAGGCCAAAAGCUACAUGAGAAACUCAAAAAGUGAAAUAAGAAACUUCAGCAAAAAGAAUCGAUCGCGAUCCUGCCAGGAGUCGAACCUGGAAUCUUCUGAUCCGUAGUCAGACGCGUUAUCCAUUGCGCCACAGGACCGUUGUGUCGGGAGAGAGAUCUAAACGCCUUUUGUUGUCUACUCUGCAACAACACCUAAGCGACGGGCGUAAUGACUGUCUCAGUGCCAAAUGCAUUCUCGUUUUUUGUUUUUUUUUUUUUUUUUUUUUUUUUUUUUUUUUUUUUUU